AUGCCUCACCCAAGUCUCUCCGUCCCUCUCCUGCGCCCACUGGAGAACCAACCCCCCCCGUCGUCACCGGGGCCAAGCGCAACCCGACGUGCCCUCGCCCGCCUCGUCCGUUUCCAACGCAAGGGCAGAGUGCUGCUCAGCUCUCAGAAGAAACACUCCCUCAUCAUGCUCAUCGUGGCGCUCGAUGUCGUCGCCUUGCUGGCCAACGUCUUUGUUCAGCUGGUUGCGUGCGAGAUGCAUCGGAGCGACGAGCAAUGGGUGAAGCAUCUGACCGGGGGCUUGGAAGUCCUGGGGCUGGUCUUUAGCAGCUUGUUCAUGGUCGAGCUAGCUGCCUGUCUGUUCUCGUAUGGUCUCAGUUACCUGACGUCAUGGUUUCAUCUGUUCGAUGCUGCUGUCAUUGUGGCAAGCUUCGCUAUUGAUCUUGCCACUCGCGGCCUCGCCGAAUCUAUCGGCUCGCUUGUCAUUGUCUUGCGUUUAUGGAGACUGGCCAAAAUCUCGGAGGAAGUCGUCGUGGGGGCUACGGAAAGGUUGGAGGCUUUGGAGCAGCAGAUGGAAGAGUUGACGCAUGAGAACAUGGCCCUGAGACAGCGGUUGGGUAUCGAGUCUCACGAACCCUCUGGUCAAGAGUAG